AUGACCUAUGCCAUGAAGUUGAUUGGUUGUGGGUUAGCAGCAAUGCAGAUGUUUUGUUCUACCAUGAACAUGCCACCGCCAGUUAACCCUAAAGCGUUUGACUACCAUAACAAAGCUAUAUUACGUGCUGUAAAAGAUGUUGCAGAAGAAACCAUGAAUGAUGCAGCCCAAGAAAUCCACAAAUUGAACAGUGCAGAAGUUGAUGAAGAUGGAAUUCUGAAAACAUCUGUUUCAUGCGAUGGAACGUGGCAAAGCCAGGAGGGGUUUUUCGUCACUGCAUGGUUGCGUUACUGUUAUUUCCAUGGGAACAGGCAAAGUUCUUGA